GAGUUGACUCAAUAGAGUACUGUAUUAUUAUUACUACACUGUAAUCGACACAAACAAUAAACAGUGUAUUCAUUGAAGCGUUUGAUUUUGGUUUUGGGCUCAAAAACUCUGUGAAAAAAAUAAUAAUAAAUAAAUAAUAAAACAUUUGUUGUGUUUUUUUUUGUAAUACAUUUCAACACAACAACAAAAAAGUCAGUGCUUUAUGUGUUUAUGCAAUCAAAACCUCAUAACAACAACAUUACCUGUUUUUUGUUUUGACACAACUGUCCUCUCAACUCAACUGACUGAGUCUAUUAGAGAUUAAUUGAUUGAUUGGAUCGGAUCCAGUGUCUGAUGUAUUGCAUUGUCACCACUAAAUCGUCAAUGCAUUGAUGGCCGAGUGUAGGAUCACAUCAAUGGCCGACAGUGUCGGUGCCGUCGGUGGUGUCGGCGAUGAUCAUCAGGCCGUUAACGGUUUAGCCGCCGAGGGACGGGUGGGUCGAGUUUGCAAAGAAUGGUUAGUACGUGAAGACGGAGUACUGGCCUAUCAGUUACAGAAUCAGGAAAUUAGCCAACAUUAUGAGGGCAAUCGCAAUAAGAGCCGUACGGUUCGCGAAGAUCUGCCAAUUGCCAAAGGAUUGCAACGAAACGAAGAAGAAGAAGCAACAGCCGUACGAUUGAGUUACGAACGAUUGCUUGACCAUCAGUACGACGAAGACGAACGAUUGGCUCGUGAAAUGCAACGCCGACUUAUGGAACAAGAGUCCAGUCAACGGCGUACGGAAGAGGAGGACGAACGACUGGCCAAACAGUUGGCCGCCAGAGAUAAGGCACGACUUGUACGCAAACGAUUGGAGCGCGAGAAGCAACAGGUCGAACAACUGAGCGCACAGUUGAAUGUCACACAUGUGGUAAACCCACCACACCAUCAUCAACACAGUCGGAUGUCGCAGUCGGACGGUACGGACAGUGAUAACCAACAGUUCAGUGCCGCUACUGCUUCUGCUUCACACAGUGGUGUCGUUUCCGCUGAUCGGAUGAAUUGGAGGAACAGUGCCAACAGUGGUGGUGGUGCCCUAUCGGAGGACGAACUGGAUUUGUCCGAGUUUUGUAUGCAACCGCCCGAUGACUUAACACCCGACGAGUUGCGAAUAUUUCUCGAGGAACAGGACGCCGAAAUUGCCCGUCUGUUGCAGCAACAGGAGAUCAAACGCAAGAGUACUGUUGAUAAGGGAAAGUUGGCUCAAAUCGAAGCCCAGGACUACGAGAUUGCCCGACGACUGCACAAACAAGAGAAGGAACGACUGCGACGACUGAAAGAACGGGCUAAACAUAAGGCUCUACAGAAGCGACAAGAAGAGAGUGGUGUUUACAGCAGGGGUGAUGGUGGCAGCGGUAGUGAUAGCAAUUCGACGCACAGACAGUUAUACGGUUUGCCGGUCGCUGCCGCACCCGCUCGCCGACAACAGCUCAAUAGCCAUAAUUCAGAUACCGAUAGCAUAACCUAUGAAGAGAUUAAUCAACCGGCGACAGCUUAUCACACAAAUAUUGCAGCGUUUUUGGAUCCGACAUACAAACCAAACUCGACUGUCCUAUCGAAUCCACUGUUGAACAACAACUCUUUAAACAGACACGACAUUCCCUCUGCAACUAAUGGAGACAUGGAGUCAAGUGUUGACGACUUUAUCGAGCAAACUGGUCUACAUUUUGCUCAAGUAUAUAAAGUAUCGCCUAUGCCAUCGCCAAAUGAUAGUCCACAAUCGACUACUGAUCAAAGGAGACAACAACUUAAUCAUCAUCAGCAGCAGCAACAACAACAACAUCACCACAAUUAUCAUCUAAACGAUUACGAUCCGGAUGACGAUCCCAGUAUACCAGACAACUAUUAUCCAAUUGAUGAACCAAAGAGUCGACGAAAUAGGACACAAAUGGCAUCGUCGACGAUGUCGUCCUCAACAUCAGCUACCAGUCCAGUACUACCUUAUAUGCCAGUCCAGGGUCAGCGACGGAUCAGUUCGAUGGAAAAGAAAAAGAAACCAAAGGAUGGCUGCAAAACACAAUAGAGAUUUUUUUUGGUGUGUUUUUUA